CGCGCUUAAUUCGCGUAUGCGUGUGUGUGUGCUUGUAUGUUUGUGUCUAGCCUGGCUCUAUUGUUGUUGUUUUAGGUGUGGGGAAGAAGCAGAAAAGACAGUUUGUGCCCUAGCAAUAACAAAAACAACGCGAGAGAGAGACAUUGUCGCCGCGCAGUCGCUCCUCUGCCGCCGUCAACGUCGCUGCCGCAGCGCACAGUUCGAUCCGCUCGCUAGUUGUUGCUGUUUAGUGUUCGUUGUGGUGUCGCUUGUUGUUGUUUUGAUCCGUCCGGAAUCGAAUUGCGAUAUUAUAUAUGCAUAUUGUAUAUAUAAAUAGUGGUGCACAAAGGCGAGCAAUCAAGUCAAAUAAAAUCAAAUCAAAUGCCCAAUCUGCGUGUGCUUGUGUGCCUGUAAUUGUUGUUUUGUUGUAAUUGCACCCGCACACACACACACACACACACACAAUUUGACUGCGGUAAAGAGCGCAUUCCAAUCCCUACACACACACAUAGCCACCGCCGAUCAUGGAAAUUUGGCGCUCGCUCACAGUGGGCACCAUCGUGCUAUUGGCCAUCGUCUGCUUCUACGGCACAGUGGAGUCCUGCAACGAGGUCGUCUGCGCCUCGAUCGUCUCCAAGUGCAUGCUCACCCAGAGCUGCAAGUGCGAGCUGAAGAACUGCUCCUGCUGCAAGGAGUGCCUCAAGUGCCUGGGCAAGAACUACGAGGAGUGCUGCAGCUGUGUGGAACUCUGCCCGAAGCCCAACGACACCCGCAACUCGCUGUCCAAAAAGUCCCACGUGGAGGACUUCGAUGGAGUGCCGGAGCUGUUCAACGCCGUGGCCACUCCGGAUGAGGGCGACAGCUUCGGUUACAACUGGAACGUGUUCACGUUUCAAGUGGAUUUCGACAAGUACUUGAAGGGACCCAAGCUGGAGAAGGACGGUCAUUACUUCUUGAGAACCAAUGAUAAGAACCUGGACGAAGCGAUCCAGGAGCGGGACAACAUAGUGACCGUAAACUGCACGGUUAUAUAUCUGGAUCAGUGCGUGUCGUGGAACAAGUGCCGCACCAGCUGCCAAACAACAGGCGCCAGCAGUACGAGAUGGUUCCACGACGGCUGCUGUGAGUGCGUGGGAUCCACCUGCAUUAACUACGGCGUGAACGAGAGCCGCUGUAGAAAGUGCCCGGAAUCGAAGGGCGAGCUGGGCGACGAACUGGAGGAUCCCAUGGAGGAGGAGAUGCAGGACUUCGGCGAGAGCAUGGGCCCCUUCGAUGGACCCGUGAACAACAACUACUGAUCGCGGUGCGAUUAGGAUGCCAUUCAACAGAACAAAACAGAACAGCAGUCCACAUCUAACAAAUUUAGCUACUCAAUUCAGUGACAUUAUUAUUAUGUAGUACGAAGUAAUAUUUGUAUAGCACUAUUAUUAUUAUUUUUAUUUACAAAAAUUGAAUAGGCGCUUUGAAUUGUUUUACUUAUGAACCGGCCAAGAUAUAUAUAUUAUAUUACACAUUUUUUUUUAAUAUAAAAAAAUGUACUUUUUUCCAA